UUUUCAAAGCACAAUGAAGAGAGCUAAACGAUGGACUUUAAUAGCAGCCGCGCUCUUAGCCUUUGCCAUAGCCCAACACGUUGAUGCUGUUGCGCCAUUCAAAAAAGUGUCCAUUGCCCCCAAAACAACAUCAACAACAACGCCCACAACACCAGCGGCAGCCGGUGCCGAAACGAGUGCCGAUGAAUCUUCAACGGCGGGUGAGGAGAAAGUGGAAGAACACAAGAACGAUGCCACACCCAAACCCAAUUCCCGAGAAUCCAAACUGACGGGUAUACCACAAAUCGAUUAUAUUUGGGAUCCAAAUUUACCCAGAGAAUUGAGAGGCUACAACUUAUCCUCAUAUCCAUUCUUGUCAACGACCCCAGCCGAUGAAGAUAUCCAUUUCAAGUGUGAUGGCCUGCAUGAUGGUUUCUAUGCAUCCAUUGAAUAUAAAUGUCAGCUCUAUCAUCACUGCGUCUAUGGCAUUCGACACGAUUUCCUUUGCGCCAAUUUCACAGCAUUCGAUCAGAAAACAUUCAUCUGUCACUUUGCCUCGGAUGUCGAUUGUGAAGGUUCGGUAAAAUAUUGGAACAGAAAUGAUGAUUUGUAUAUGGCAACGACGACCACUUCGACGACAACAACAACUACGGAGCCACCACCAACACAACGGCGAAAACAAGUUAGACCAUUGAGGCCAUUACGUAGACCUGGCAGUCGUCGUCCCGUUGACGAUUAUUACGACGAAGAGGAAUACGAUGAGGAUUACUAUGAGGAACGUUUGAAUAAACGUCGUAAGAAUCGUCCACGUCAUCGUCGUCCCAUUGUCGAAUAUGAGGAUGAAGACUACGAAGAUGAAAAACGUUCACUGGCAGAUGAGAAGCCAAGACGCCCAAAUACACGUAAACGUUUCCAGGACGAAGUUGAUGCUGAAGAUGAUUACGAUUUCGACAAACCCAAACCAAAGAUCCGUGGUAAACCAACACCCGCCGCCGAAAGACGUAAGAUAAGCAGUCGUAAACCCGGAAGCUUUUCGGGACGUGCCAAUGCCGACGAGAGACGCAGCUUCAGUGAUGAUCGUCCAGUUUUGGGAGGUCGUCGCAAAGCCACCCCUGUCGUUGUAGACGAUGUCGAUGAAGCGGAAGAGCAACCUGCACCACCACCACGUCGUCAAACUGGCCGCAGACGUAUCAAUGAGAAACGUACCUCAACCACAGCUGCCCCCAGCGAUGAAGUCGACGAUUUGGAUGAAUAUGAAAAACCUGAUUCCCAUAUUCCCGAUCAAGAAGAAGCCGCAGCCGACGAAGAUGCUCCACCAAAAGUGAGGACCACUCCCAAACCCCUAGAGGAAUUUAUAACACCAAAGGCAGCACCCUCUUCGGUUUAUUCCCGCCCAAGAGCACCUCCCCGAAUUGCCCGACCUGUACCCAUCAAUGAAAAGAGUAAAUUCAAAUAUCCCGUACAGAAAACAGCAACAACAGCCUCUCCAGCCAAU